UACGUCAGGCCAAUAGGGAAAGGGCUCAGUGGCGCGCAUGCGCCUUACGAGUCCGGCGGGUGUCCUUGUGAAUCUCUGGCUCUGGCUUGGGAUCCCGGACAGGCAGGAUGUUGGCGGCUACUUUAAGGCUGGGUCGGGCUGGGCUGAGAGCUACUGGGCGACCUGCAAUGUGGUUGCAAGCUCGGUUUGAAGGGAAUACUACUGCUGAAACUCGGCCCACUGUUAGACCAAAGGAUGAAGUGACACAGAAGCACCUGUCUGCCUUUGGAGAAUAUGUGGCUGAAAUUCUGCCCAAGUACGUUCAACAAGUCCAGGUGACAUGUUUCAAUGAGCUAGAAAUCUUAAUUCACCCUGAUGGGAUCAUUCCAGUUUUGACCUUUCUGAAAGAUCACACAAACGCCCAGUUCAAGUCCUUAGCUGAUCUGACAGUAGUUGAUGUUCCAUCUCGGCAGUAUCGCUUUGAGAUUGUCUACAGUCUCUUAUCCUUAAACUACAAUUCCCGGAUACGUGUAAAAACAUAUACUGACGAAUUGACACCCCUGGAAUCAGCAGUCCCAGUGUAUAAAGCAGCAAACUGGUAUGAAAGAGAGGUCUGGGAUAUGUUUGGAGUAUUCUUUGCUAACCACCCUGACCUGAGGCGUAUCCUCACAGACUAUGGGUUUGAGGGUCACCCCUUCCGGAAGGACUUUCCCCUCUCUGGAUAUGUGGAGGUCAGAUAUGAUGACGAGGUGAAGCGAGUGGUGGCAGAACCUGUGGAGCUGGCUCAGGAGUUCCGCAAAUUUGAUCUGAACAGUCCCUGGGAGGCUUUCCCUGCCUACCGCCAGGCUCCAGAGACCUUGAAGAUAGAAGCAGGCGAAAAGAAAGGAGAUGUAAAAUAGAUCAAACAGGAAGGUGGUCUCCUCCUUCCUGCCUAAGUAUUUAUAUAUAUAAUAAAUAUAAAUAAAAAAUUUGACAUGAA